UCCAAUAUCGACCGAAGACGCAUUACAGGCCCCGACCGCUCUACCCCUCCCUCAUUCCCCUCAUCUCAAUAUAGUAAACGUACACGGGAACCUGCUGCUAUCCGGCCUAUCUUCCUACAUACCGGACUUGUACCCGCCGCUUCUGGAUCAGCAUACCUCGAAUCCCCUCCCCUCAAGCUCGUCGUAUCCGUCUAUGGUCCACGUCAACAAAAGCCCUCUACCUCAUCUGCAUCAGGGGUCUUACCGUCUCUGUCGUCUUCUGCUUACUCCGAAAAGGGCACCCUGAGUGUUUCACUAAAGUUUGCGCCUUUUGCUACGAGGGUCAGGAAGGCACCUCUGAAGGAAACAGAAGAUCGCGAGAUCUCGCUACGAGUCCGCGCUGCCCUCGCACCAGCGGUCCUCCUCGAACGAUACCCGAAGUCCUCAAUAGACGUGUACAUCCAUGUUCUCGAGUCUGAUCAAGGACAAGGCGACGCAUUGGUGUGCGCUGCGAUAACAGCUGCGAGUGCAGCACUCGCUCAUGCGGGAGUGGAGAUGAGAGGAUUGGUAGUGGGGUGUGCGGCUGCCCGGGUGGGCGGUGUGACAUACUUGGACCCAGAGGGGGAGACCGGAGAGACGGUGAAAGGAGGUGUGGGAGUGGGCUGCUUGCCUGCCCUUGGGAGUUUGACUGGGAUUUGGCAGUGGGGAGAGUUGAGCGUGGAGGAGGUU